AUGGCUUCACCAACUCUUGCCGACAAUGUAGCAAGCCAAACGCCCGAAUCACGCCCCAAUCUGGUGAUCUUCAUGCCCGACCAGCUCCGAUACGACUCGGUCGGCUGCUUUGGAAACCCCCAUGUCAAGACACCCAAUAUCGACGCCUUUGCGGCUCGGGGAACCAAAUUCACCAACUGCUAUCUGCAAGCCACUGUCUGCUCACAGAGUCGCUGCUCUUUGUAUACUGGACAAUAUCCACAUGUAUCAGGGCAUCGGAGCUUGGAAAAUCUGAUCAAGCCAUGGGAGCCAAACAUGUUCCGGGCUUUGAAGGAAAGCGGCUACCAUGUUGCAUGCUUAGCGCCUCGAGGGGACACUUUUGCCCCAACAGUCACCGAGCUCAGUGUCACGGAAGUGGAUGCCUCAAUUCGGGAAGGGGGAGCAAAGGAGCCAUCCGAGGAUAUUUGGGAUCGCUUAUUCUACAAGGGACUCCGAAGCCAGGACAAAACAAUUGAUUAUGACGAGGCUGCUGUGCGGUCCGCGAUCAAGUGGUUAGAGAAUCCACCUAAAGGCCCAUGGGUGCUGUAUCUUCCCUUGAUCUUCCCUCAUUGUCCGUUCCAAGUCGAAGAGGAAUACUUCUCCAUGUACGAUCGCAAAAAUAUGCCAGUACCGUCCAAGCCAGAUCAAAAAACAGGAUAUGAGCCGCGAUAUUUUGCGGAAAAUCGCAAGCGCUAUGGCACAGAACGGGCGACGGAUGAAAUCUGGGCUGAAAUUACCGCGACCUAUUAUGGCAUGAUCUCUCGCCUUGACACACAAUUUGGCCAAGUUCUGGCAGCAUUGGAAAACACAGGACUGGCCUCCAAUACAGUGACAGCUUUCUAUACCGACCAUGGCGAGUACCUCGGAGACCACGGCAUGAUCGAGAAAUGGCCCAGCGGGGUGUCCGAGGUUCUUGCGCGCGAACCUUUGAUCAUAGGAGGAGCCGGGCUACCGAGUGGUAAAACCAACGAAGACAUUUGUGAAAUGGUUGAUCUCCUGCCGACUGUUUUCGAACUCUGCAAAGUCCCAGAAGUCUUCCCACACAACGGCAUAUCACUACUUCCAACCAUACUGAGUGACAAAAACCACCCUAAAAAGUACGCAUAUACCGAAGGAGGGUUCCUCAAAUCGGAAGAGCCCCUCCUCGAACAGGCUCCUUAUCCAUAUGAUAUCAAAUCUGUGCUGCAGCAUCAAGAUACCGAACUUGUCGGUAAGGCGGUUUCGAUGAGAAGCAGCGAGUGGACCUAUGUCUAUCGGCUGUACGAAGCGCCCGAGCUAUACAACAGGAAGUCCGAUAUUGCAGAGCUGCACAACUUGGCUGCAGAUCCGGGCUUUGAACAUAUCGUUCGGGAAAUGCAAGGAGAGAUGUUUCGCUGGAUGAUAGAGUCAUCAGACUUCCUUCCUUUCCAUAAGGAUGCUCGGUUCCCGACAGUCAGUCUUGAAAGCCCGCAGGACCAGUAUAAUAAGCGAGUUGGGGCAACUUGA